CAAUUCAUAUAGUGAAAGUUGAAACAUGACCACCUCAAUAAAAAUAAUCUGUCUAUUCGUUGCAACGGUUUCUUAUGCUGCUGUACUACCAGUUGACAAUAAAGGUGAAAAUGUUACACCUGUAAUUGAUUCUUCUACUCCAACAAAAUCUGCUCCAGUACAGGACACCGCAGUUUCCACUACACCCGCGCCAGUCGUUUCUGAAUCUGUUCCAUCUGUUGUUCCUGAAAAUACUCAAUCUACUCCCGCUGAAACCUCAGCCGGUACGACUCUCGGUACUGAAAAAUCUGUAACUGAAACCACCACGCAAACCGUUUCCAAAAUUGCAGCUACGCCCAUCACUGCAGAAUCUUCCGCAGCUGAAACAACCGCAUCGGAUGGUAAACAAAACAAGGAAAGGGAGAUAACAUCAAACAAGGAGACUGAUAAGGAUACGUCUAAAACCUUGUCUGAAAAUAAAGAAAUUUCCACAACGGAAGAAAAAUUAGAACCUUAUCUUGGAUGGCAACCAUAUGAAUUUGCUCCAGUGUAUGACGGAAAAUACGACGACGAUUAUAAUUUUUUUCAUAGUGAUUUUGAUAAUGAUGAAUAGAAUGAAGUUUAAUCAGAGGUAGGAACUGCAUUUGUU